GGUUUCUUCUCCGAAAGUCAUCUUCAAAUUAUUUUCUCCGAUGGCCGGCGGUCUAAAUGCUCCUCCGUUCACGGCGCCAAGCUUAUCGGGACGGGGACGACGACGACAGUAUAAUCAGCAAUUUCUUCUUCCACCUUCAUUCUACUACUUCAAAGCUGCGCCGUUGCCGCAAACUUCGUAUUUUGCCUUUUCUCGCCUCCACUAUCAACCGAAGCAGCAGUUUCUUCGUAAACAGAAACUGAAUGUUGCCUCCCGCUCUAGCUACGAAGUCGGUGGACCUGAAGAAGAGAUGCUUCUGAAUUCCCGCCGAGGAGAAUCCUCCGAGGACGAAAAGUGGAGCCCUUCCCAGUAUCAAGCUCUUCUAAAAGGAGGAGAACAGGUCGUCUCCGUCCUCGAAGAGAUUGCCAAACUUUUGCAAGAUAUGAAUAUGGAUGAAGCAUCAGAGAAGAUAGCAGUGGAAUUAGCAGCACAUGGAGUCAUAGGGAAGAGAGUUGAUCAGAUGGAAUCAGGGUUUAUGAUGGCUUUGGAUUACAUGAUUGAACUUGCUGAUAAGGAUAGAGAUGAUAAGCGCAAGUCUAUCCUGGAAGUCAUUAAGGAGACAGUGCUGUCCCAUCUUACCAAAAAAUGCCCCCCACAUGUUCAAGUGAUUGGCCUUCUUUGUAGAACACCUCAGAAAGAAAGCAGACAGGAAUUACUCCGACGUGUUGCUGCAGGUGGUGGUGUAUUUAAAAGUGAGAAUGGGACAAAAGUUCAUCUCCCAUGUGCAAAUUUAAAUGAAAUAGCUAACCAGGCUGAUGAUUUGCUGGAGACAAUGGAAACACGUCCAGUUGUUCCUGAUCGAAAGCUACUGGCGAGGCUUGUUUUGAUUAGAGAGGAAGCUCGGAAUAUGAUGGGAGGUGGAAUAUUAGAUGAAAGGAAUGAUCGUGGUUUAAAUAUACUUCCCGAGGCGGAGGUGAAUUUUUUAACUAAGCUUGUAUCACUCAAGCCUGGUACAACAGUUGAGACGAUGAUAAGAAAUGUGAUGAUGGGAAAAGAAGAAGGAGAAGAAACUUCCGGUGGUGCUGAUUCUAAAAGUGUUUCUGGUGGAAUUACCGGGAAGGCUAGUUUUACUGGCCUAAAGCCACUUCCUGUUCGACCUGGCAUGUUUCUUGAGACAGUCUCCAAGGUUUUGGGCGGCAUAUAUUCUGGGAAUGUGUCGGGCAUCACAGCACAACACCUUGAAUGGGUUCAUCAGAAGACGCUUCAUGUGCUUCAAGAAAUUGCCUUUUCUGGCUAGCUAGAGAAAGGGUUUGCGAUCCAACCAACCGACCAAUCUUUUUUAGGUAGUAGUAGUAAUGUUAUGAAUUGUAAAUUGCCAGACUCUUGUUGUAAUAAAUAGGGAUUUGCAUGCCCUUUUAAAUAUAUAGAUAGAUAUAUGGUGAGCUUCAAUAAUGACAUAAAAUGAUAUCCAUUAAUGAUGAUCUCGGUUUUCCUCCGGUGAA